AGAACCCAAGGGAGCCCAGGCUGCUGGGGGCUGCAGACAUGGAGGGCCAGAGCAGCAGUGGCAGGGGGAGGUCAGGGACCAGAACUGGCCAUGGACCUUUGCCUGUGCCCCAUGGGGUUCUGCAAGCUGGGGCACCCUCCAAGGUGAACUCAAGUUUCCAUCUCUCAGCAAAGAAUGUAGCUCCAGUACCCUCGGAACCAAAGUUGCCUCUGGCACCCAUGGGGCCACGAGCAGCUAUGUCACCUCCCUCAGAAGAUCCACGGCUGACUUUGGCUUCUCCCCGACCCAUCCUGGCUGCACUGUCCACACCUGGAGAACAGAGAAGAGCUCCAGCCCACUGCAGCCACAACCUGGCUUCAACAUCUGUGGGCCAGCUGGUGGUGUCUACAUCUGCUGGACCGAAGCCUCCGCCAGCCACCUCAGGCUCAGUCCUGGCUCCAAAAUCAUUGGGGCAGCUAGUAAUGUCUGCCUCUGCUAUGCCAGGGCCUCCCCCAGUUACCCUGGGGCCCAGCCUGUCUCCAACUUCCAGGGACCAGAAGCAGUUGUCACCCACUUCUAUGGGACCCAAGCCAGCAUUGGCAGCCUCAGGCCUAAGCCUGGCCCUGGCAUCUCAGGAGCAGUCCCCACAGUCCCCUUCCAGUCCUUCCCCAGUUCCCAGUCCAGUUCUGUCACCUUCUCAGGAGCAGACCCUGGCUCUGGCAUCUGUGGCAUCCUCCCCAGCUUCUGAGAGAUGGACAUCAGCUAGACCGAGGGAUGCCACAGUCCCCAGGCCCAUCCCCCCUGCAGAGGGGCAUCUCCAGCCUCCAAUUCAGGCAGCUGGUCCCAUUAUCUCCCCAUCACGAGCCCAGACUUCCUCAGACCCUCGAUUAUCCCCCUCCUUCCGAGCCAGGCCAGAGGCUUCACGCCACAGCCCUGAAGAUCCUGUCCUACCACGACCACCCCAGACCCUGCCCUUGGAUGUGGGCCCAGGCCUUCCAGAGCCUGGUACCCGCUCCCCUGGACUUCUGUCUCCUACCUUCCGACCAGGAACUUCCUCAAGCCAGAGUGUGCCCCCACCUCUGCCAAAGCCACCUCGGUCUCCCAGCCGGUCUCCUAGUCGCUCCCCCAACCGCUGCCCCUGUGUUCCCCCAACCCCUGAAAUGGCACUCCCCAGACCUGGCAUCCAGAGUGCAGGGGCUGGAACCCAGAGUUUGGGGUCGUGUGCUCAGGGUGCAGGGCCUGGCAGGUGCCUGAGCCCUAAUCUGCAGACCCAAGAAGCCCCAGCCUCUAUCACCACCUCUCCUACAUCCACCUCACCAUCUUCAUCUUGGUCAGCUCAGCCUACCUGCAAGAGCGACCCCGGAUUCCGAAUCACUGUGGUUACCUGGAAUGUGGGGACUGCCAUGCCCCCCGACGAUGUCACAUCUCUUCUUCACCUGGGUGGUGGCCAUGACAGUGACGGUGCGGACAUGAUUGCUAUAGGGUUGCAAGAAGUGAAUUCCAUGAUCAACAAGCGUCUCAAGGAUGCUCUCUUCACAGACCAGUGGAGUGAACUCUUCAUGGACGCACUGGGGCCCUUCAACUUUGUGCUGGUGAGCACUGUGAGGAUGCAGGGCGUCAUCCUGCUGCUGUUUGCCAAGUACUACCACCUGCCCUUCCUGCGGGAUGUGCAGACUGACUGCACGCGCACUGGCCUGGGUGGCUACUGGGGUAACAAGGGAGGAGUAAGCGUGCGCCUGGCAGCCUUCGGGCACAUGCUGUGCUUCCUGAACUGCCACUUGCCUGCGCAUAUGGACAAGGCCGAGCAGCGCAAGGAUAACUUCCAAACCAUCCUUAGCCUACAGCAAUUCCAGGGACCUGGUGCACACGGCAUCCUGGAUCACGACCUUGUGUUCUGGUUUGGGGACCUGAACUUCCGCAUUGAGAGCUACGACCUGCACUUUGUCAAGUUUGCCAUAGACAGUGACCAGCUCCAUCAGCUCUGGGAGAAGGACCAGCUCAACAUGGCCAAGAACACUUGGCCCAUCUUGAAAGGUUUCCAGGAAGGGCCCCUUAACUUUGCUCCCACCUUCAAGUUUGAUGUGGGUACCAACAAAUACGACACCAGUGCUAAGAAGAGGAAGCCAGCCUGGACAGAUCGUAUUCUGUGGAAGGUGAAGGCUCCAGGUGGAGGUCCCAGCCCCUCAGGACGAGAGAGCCACAGGCUCCAGGUGACCCAGCGCAGCUACCGAAGCCACAUGGAAUACACUGUCAGUGACCACAAGCCCGUGGCUGCCCAAUUUGUCUUGCAGUUUGCCUUCAGGGAUGAUGUGCCUCUGGUGCGGCUGGAGGUAGCAGAUGAAUGGGCACGGCCAGAGCAGGCUGUGGUGAGGUACCGCAUGGAAACAGUGUUUGCCCGAAGCUCCUGGGACUGGAUCGGCUUGUACCGGGUGGGUUUCCGCCACUGCAAGGACUAUGUGGCGUAUGUCUGGGCCAAGCAUGAAGAAGUUGAUGGAAGUGCCUACCAGGUAACCUUCAGUGAGGAAUCACUGCCCAAGGGCCAUGGAGACUUCAUCCUGGGCUACUAUAGCCACCACCACAGCAUCGUCAUUGGUGUCACUGAGCCCUUCCAGAUCUCACUGCCUACCUCGGAGUCGGCCAGCAUCAGCACAGAUAGCUCAGGUACCAGCUCAGAGGGUGAGGACGACAGCACUCUGGAGCUGCUUGCGCCCAAGUCCCGCAGCCCCAGUCCUGGCAAGUCCAAGAGACACCGUAGCCGAAGCCCAGGCCUGGCCCGCUUCCCCAGUCUUGCUCUCCGACCCUCAUCUCGUGAACGCCGUGGUACCAGCCGUAGCCCCUCACCCCAGAGCCGCCAGCUGCCCCGGGUAGUCUCUGACAGGGGACACAGGAGUGGCAGCCGGGGUAGUAGUGAGGAGGGGCCCUCUGGGUUGCCUGGCUCCUGGGCCUUCCCACCAGCUGUGCCUCCAAGCCUGGGCCUGCUGCCAGCCUUGCGCCUGGAGACAGUAGACCCUGGUGGCGGUGACUCCUGGGGACCUGAUCAGGGGGCCCCUGACCCUGACAGCCUGUCUCCCAGUCCCCAGGGUUGCCUUGGGCUAGAGGAGGGAGGGCUGGGGCCCUGAAGUGGGUAGACAGAUGGGCCUGGUUGGCCUGGCUCUGCCUCCAUCGUCCACAAACCUGCCUGCCUCUCUCCUGCUGCUGAUCCAGCUGUAUCCACACCUGCCACUCUGUCCUGACCAGGAGUGGCCAACUGGGGUCCCCUAAAGUCAGUCCUGGCACCACCCCAACUGUGACAAUCAGCAAAGCCCGGCCUCAGCCCCAUCUGGGAUGGUGGGAGGAGCUCUAGUCAAUGUCCCAAUCUUGGAGGUCAUUCAUUAGGAAUUAAAUUCUCCAGCUUCG